AUUGCAACUAAUGCAGCCAAAAGAUUGGUCAUGCAACAUGCUCGGGUAUAUGAACCUGAAGACCCAUUCUAUGAAUUUUGGACAGAGCCGAAUGGCAAACAGAAAAGAAGAAAGCGCCCACCACCACCAGGACUAACCAAACAAGAAGCACAACUUCUACGCAAGAUCUCUCGUCGUGCUCAUUACUUGGACAAAGGUUUCGAGCUUUGUGGUUUCCGAUUCGGUUGGACGGCAAUUAUUGGUUUGAUUCCAGGAGCAGGUGAUAUUGCAGAUGCAUUGUUAAAUUAUUCUUUGGUACUUCGACCGGCUGCAAAAGGUGCAAAUUUACCACCUUGGAUCGUAACGAAGAUGUGGGUAAAUAAUGGUGUUAGUGCAGGCGUUGGUUUGGUACCGAUUGCAGGUGAUAUGAUCUUGGCAAUUUAUAAGGCAAAUAGUAGAAAUGCAAAACUUUUGGAGGAAUAUUUGCGUGUUUUAGGUGAAGAACAUAUCGCUGCUGGUUUACCAAAUUUGACUCCU